AUGAAUCAAAAACGAGCGGAGCAUAAACUAAAAAUCUGGAUAAACCUAGCUCAAUACCGACCGGGCGACACGGGUUUCGAGAACGUUUUCGUAUUUUGGCUUGAACGUCAUACAAUGGAAACAAAAGCUGAGCCUUUGACGAUUUUAAUCGAUAUGACUGGAGCAAGUAUGAAGAAUAUGGACUUUAAUAUAUUCAAAUUUAUGCUGCACGCAUUAAAAUACUACUAUCCCAGUACCGUCCACGAUAUGGUUGUUUUCGAGUCGCCCUUGAUGUUGAACGCAUCUUGGAGGGUGAGUUUGCCGGUAGGUGUACUGUACCUACUACAGCCAUCAUAA